CUCCCACUUCCCUUCUUCACCCCUCGGCCUUGUUGCGGUGGAGUGCUCCAAUCCGUCUCCUCUUCCUCCUCAACCCUACUCCCUCCAAAUCCGACGACGCGACAGCGCGGGGAAGGCGGAGCAGAACGAAAAUAAAAAAAGGGGAUCCAUAACGCUCGAGGUCUCGAUUCGAUUGGGGCUGCGGGGGGUCGGAUUGGAUCCUCGGAUCCCCCGCGCGGAGGGGAAUUCGGGGCCCAGAUCCCCGCGAUUCCGGCGGCGGCGGCGGCGGCGGGGAUGAGAGACCGGAGGGCAUGGUGGCCCCUGGCGCGGGAGGAGUGAGGCGGCCGCGCCCAGCAGCAGCAGCAGCAGCAGGAGGAGGAGGAGGGGAACAGUUUGUGGUCGAGGCUGUUCGUCGAGGCGGAGGGUGCUGGUGGCGGUGGGUGAUCCCGGGCCCGAGGCGGCCGUGCCAUGUCUCGCUGCUUCCCGUUUCCGCCACCAGGAUAUGAGAAGACCGCGCGCCCCGACGCCCAGCUAGCCUCGCACCUGCUCGACAAGGAGAAACACAAGGAGAAGAAGCAUAAGAAAGACAAGAAGGACAAAGAGAAAAAAGAAGGUAAAGAAAAGAAGGAUAAAGAAAGGAGUAAAGAUAAACACAAAGAUAAGAAAGAUCGAAAAGAAAAACACAAAGACAAGAAAAAGGACAAGAGCAAAGAUAAAAGCAGGGAUUCAGGAGAAGGAAUUGAAAGACAUGUCGAGGCUCCCCAUGAUCAGAAGUUUGGAGAGAGCAGCAGGAAGUCCGAAGACAUUAAGGAUCCUAAACACAGGGAGGACUUGCUCAGAAAGAUACAGGAUCAGAAAGGGGCGGCGAGUCGACCUGUUGAAAAUUUUGCUGUUUCAAAUGAUCGAAGCCAUGGAGGCUUCAGUGCUUCACCUGCAAUGGAGAAUGAAAGAACUGCAGCUAAUAAAUUGCAUAUUCACUCUAGUAAUGCUUCAAGGAAAAAUGAGGGAUUGGGACAACAGAGCAUCAACACUAAUCAACAAAAGAAUGGGACAUCAAUACAACAUUGUGAGAACAUCACCAGUUCAGCUCAAAGAACUCCUGAUGGCUUUGUAUCAGCAUCUACAAUGGAGAAGGAAAGAGUCAAAGUCGCAAGGCCUCCCUCGAAUACUGAAUCUGCAUCCAGGAAAGAGGGGAUGGGACAGCGAAUCAGUAACAUUAGCAUACUGGUUCAGAAGAGAACUGAGAGUACAAACAAAGAGAUUGCAAAGAAAGAAGUUGGCACGACCACUCCAUUGCUUCCAAACCCUGCUAAUGCUUUGCAUAAGGGAAAUGGCAAGGUUGGUAGGGCAAUGGAGAACACGCCAACAUCCAUGCAGAGGUUCAACAGUCCAUCAACAUCUAGCUCAACAGCAGGCAUGGAUAGAGGAAUACCUAGGCCAACAAUUCCAAGCCCAAGCAUUACAAUUCGGAGACCAAAUGGGGUGGUACGGCCGCCUGAAAACCUUUCUGUUUCUGCUAAGAAACCCGAUGCUGGAGGCCUUUCACCAGCUAUCGGGAAGGAAAUGGAACAAGGUGGAAGGACGCUACAGACUAAUAUUUCAACUGAUCAGAAACUGGUUUUGUCAAAACCUCCAACUGUGGAGAAAGCUGCAGAUGGAAGAGCUGAAAGGAUGGAGAAGGUCAGAGAUGGGGCGCCUGAUGUUGCGAAGAAAGAGGACAAAAGGAGUGACCGGCAUGAGAAAAAGAAAAGGAAGGAAAGAGAUAAACACAAAGAGAAGAAAAAGGAGAAAGAGGCAAAGAAGGAGAAAUCGGAGCAUAAUCACAAAGAGCAUGAUAAGCUAAGAGAAAACAGUGUAAAUUAUCUGAUAGAUAGUCUUCCCAUGAAGCCCUCGCCCCCUCCUUUAGGCCCACCUGUUGAUGAUGGAAAAGCUAUUCUACCUGAGGAAAACCUGAAGAAGCGAAAGAAUCAUGAGAUGAAUGGUUACUUACAAAACCAUCAUGAUAUGCGGCCUACAAAGUUGCCGAGACCAGCCCUCCCCAACAAUCGUGUGGAGAAUGGUACCGCAUCUCAUGUAGCCGCGCCACUCUCUUCUGUGAGGCCAGAUGCCAUAAAUAUUGGAAAGGCAGAAAGGCUCCAUAAGAAGGAAGAGAAGAUCAAUGGCAACCAAGAAGCUCAGCGAUCUUCAGUUGAUUCAGGGCCACUGGAUCCUGUGAUUGCUUAUGCGAAUGGCACACCGUCUAGGAAGUCACCUCACCCAGACUGCAAGUAUAUUAGCCAGAUAUAUAGCAUUCCUGAAGCACCUCAAAUGACGGAAUGGCCUGAGCAUGAUGGUGAGGGCUGGUUGUUCGACCAAGGUAGCACCCAAUCAAGGAAGCCCAACUCAGAGCCUGAGGCUGAUGGAGCGCCCCAAGUGUGGGCUCAGACUCUGAAUAUUGACCCGGCUGAUGUCAUUGCUUUACCAUACGUCAUCCCUUUUUAGUACAAUGCUGCCCAAGCAGCCGAGUGACAAUCCUCUGAGGUAGCUGAGCACUGAAACGUCAAACCACACCACUGUUUGUCUCUGCUACUGCUUUGCUACAAUUUGUGUAGCUCGGCUGGCAGGGAUGUUUCAUACAUUUACAUGUAGCUGUUCUUAUAACUGCAUGCACCUUCUAGGUUGGCGCUGGCACGCAGCACUUGUGAGAGUUGACUUGGCAGGGGAGUAGCCUGGCGAGUGCUGCGUGGAGAAACAGUGUUGGUUACCACAAUAGGCUGGAUUCUGUAACGGAGUCAUUAGCUGUUAUCGCUGCACAAUUUUGAUCUGAACGGUGUAAAAGCAUUUUUAAUGCCAGAAUGUACAUUAGAGGGGGGCGAGGAGAGGGAAGAGGAAGUCUUGAGAUUCAUUUAUAGUAGUCCGAUGGAUUUGAGCUGCUGGCCGAGAAAAAUCUGCUUCUGCUUGAUUUGUUCCAAAGUUGACACUUCACCUUGACUUGUCUUCCUGUGUAUAUAACUCUUAGUUUACAUAGAUGAUGAUGUGGUGUCCUGAGGUUGUAACUUGUUCCACGGCAUUGAUGUUGAGAAGUCGUACACAUUGCGAGGCGUGAUCAGAAGAGGACGACUUGUGAAUUUUGGUUUAGUAUACCAUUUGACUUUGUGCACUUGAUAUUGCUUGGCAUGGUUAGGUUGCUUUGCUCCAGACUGUUUGCAUGGUUGGUUGGUUGGUUGGUUGGAAUUGUCCCUCCAGCUCCAGGGAAUCGUUAAUGUUGGCAGUCAUUUGAUGUAGUCGCUGUUGUUAAGAUAUCCAUUUUCCUUUGUCC